UUUUGACAGCUGUUUGUUUUGGUAUAGGAUUUGGUCGGUUCGGCGCGAUUUGCUCACGUAAUUUCAUGUGAAUUUUUCUGUGAUUUUGUAUCAAAAAUAUCUUUAACGAAGCUAAAGUGGUGCUUGAAAACGGAAGCAGUAAUCAAAUAUUCGAUCUGAUGGGUGGAGUGGAUGUCAGCAAGUGGAAACCACGACGAACGCAGGGUACGACCAUCAACAAAACUCGCAACCAAUUUGCCUGGGCUGUGCUGGCUAUCGGAGCGGCUUCCUUUGGAAUUUAUUAUUCCAUCAUCAGUUUAAUCGGUGGUGACGACUUGAAACAGCGAAUGCGUAGAGACUUCUUCGAGAAAACCGAAGAAGAGAUUGACCGGCGGAAUUUGAUGCAGUCCAGUUUUCUGGCCACCCGACGAGGCGAUACAAUUCGAAAAAUCCUGAAGAAACAAGACGACGAUCGGGUGGAGAAGUGAGAGAAUGUCAUUCUCCGGUAGAAUUAAGUACGCCAAGCUAAGGCUGUUUAAACCAUCGUCAUCAUUGGAUACUGGCGGUAAAAGUCAAUCGAAGCGGGGGAAUGAAGGGUAAUUUUCAUUUUUAUUUCAUUUAUACACUUAAGCAGGUAUUGUUGGUGCUUUCCUGAGCAUUGUGUGUCAUUUCUAGAAAACCCUUUCAAAUCAUGUUUCUGUUUCUAUUCCAAAGUACCAAUCCACUGUUGGUCACUUUUAUUGUCCACGAUCAAAACUUUUUUUUUGUGAUUUCCGUGGUCACUCCAGUAUCUAAGCUUUAUAUGAAAUAUUUGAGUGAGAUCAUGUUUUGAACAUUUCCACAAUUGCAUUACGCGGUUUCUCAAAUGUAUACGUUAGUAUUCUUCUAUCCCAAAUUGUGAAAAUUCAUAGAUAGACUCACUACUAAUUCCACCAUUAAUAUUUGACUUCAUAAGCUAUCAGUAAAAAAACGCGUGGAAUAAUGUGCUUUCAAGCCCCAACAAACGAAAAUUUCUUCUAUUGAUUCCAAGGGUUGGAUUACUAGAAUAGAUGUACAAUCUUAAUUUAGCUUAUUAGGAUACCAAAAGCGAAAACAAAUAUAGUUCCAUUGUAGAAAACUA